AUGCAGUCCAUCAGGGACCUUAAGUCCAACUUCAGCAGCCCUCCUCCUCCCACCUCCAUGGCGGCUGCUUCUGAAGCCUAUCUCCAGAGUAACAUCAGGCUGACUCUGGAGGAUCUUGACCUCUGGAAGACGUUCCAUGAAAUAGGAACAGAGAUGAUCAUCACCAAGCCGGGCAGGAGGAUGUUUCCUCACUGUAAACUCAAUCUGUCUGGUCUCAUCCCAUGUGCCAAGUACAUAUUCCUUGUUGACAUGGUCCCAGAGGACGGUUUCAGGUAUAAGUGGAAUAAAGAGAAGUGGGAGGUGGCAGGCAAAGCAGAGCCUCAACCCCCCUGCAGGACCUACGUCCACCCAGACUCACCGGCCCCAGGAAGCCACUGGAUGAAGCAGAGCAUCUCUUUCUUCAAGCUCAAGCUCACCAACAACACCCUCGAUCAGCAUGGACACAUCAUCUUGCACUCCAUGCAUCGCUACCACCCUCGCUUCCAUGUGGUCCAGGCAGAUGACCUGUUCAGCGUCUGCUGGAGUGUUUUCCAGACUUUCACCUUCCCCGAGACGUCCUUCACCGCAGUCACCGCCUAUCAGAACACCAAGAUCACAAGGCUGAAGAUCGAUCACAACCCAUUCGCCAAGGGUUUCAGGGAUGAGGGGACUAAAAAAAAAAGGCGAGCAAACAAAAACCAAGCAUGUCUUGAAAAAAGAGCCAAGAUACCAGACGAUCUGAACCAGACCCCUAAAGAGGCCGACUCAGCAGGCUUCUGUCAGUCGUCAUACGAUGGUUAUGACAAAGAUGAAGGAGAGCUGCCCAAGAGGAAAGAUGAAAACGCUAUAAAGGAAGAGCGUUACUCUCCGUGGGGUGCAGAGAAGCAGCAGGGUGGGAGGACCGACUCUCCUGCUGGGGUGAGCACAAGAGAUGUCUACAACACGGAACAACUUGUUCCAGCUCAGGGUUCCUACCAGCCAUGCAGGGCUCACGAGUAUGGAAAGUCUCCGUCCCCGCCUUCCAGCAUCGGCAGCAACAGCGAGUCAGGACGAAGUCGCUUUGAAUCUCGUGUUCCUGAUGUUGCCACAGUCCCUGAUCACGACUCAUCAAAACCUCGCACACACGAAGCAGCUGGUCCCUCUCACUGUAGCCCCCAGCAGCACCUCCCGGGUCCCCAGGACUACGGCGGAGUGCUCAACAUGACUGUAGCCCAGACCAGCAAGCCUGGGGUCCUUGGCCACCACAUUUACAGCCCCUACAGUGCAGAGCAGCCUCUGGUGGGCCAGUGGAGCGGACCUGGACCUGCCCAGUACCCCCCACACCACCCUCUGACAGCAGACUACACCUCACAAGCUGUGCAUCAUGGCUAUCACCAUGGCAACAUGACCGAGUGGAGUCAGUACCCGCUGUUCUCAUAUUCCUGCUGGUGA